GCAGUUGCCGGGCCAUAUUACGGUCCUAGAAAAUAUUGCGCAAACAAAUAACGUGUCAAUACCAAUUAUAAGCUUCACUUUAACAUCCUUUAUUUUCCUCCUUGUAAUAAUAUGUUAUAUUUCAAUUCUUAAAACUUUACUUGGUCAUACAAUGGAGUUUUAUGUUGAUGAAAAUAAUUUGAAUGGCAAUGGAAAUAAUUUGAAUGGCAAUGAAAAUAAUUUGAAUGUAAAUGAUGGUAGAGUUACUAACGAGGGUAGAAUUACCAAUGAGGGUAGAAUUAGGAAUAAUACACCCGGCAGUGAAAUGGCAAGAAAUAGAAGUAAUCUUGAAAAGCGUGUAUCCAAUAAAAUAAUAAGCUACGUUCUUGUUUUUAUUUUGCAG